CAGCUGUAGAGGGUUUGUGCGAACUCGCAUCCAGCUGUAGACUCGCAUCCAGCUGUAGAGGGUUUGUGGGGACUCGCAUCCAGCUGUAGAUGGUUUGUACAGACUUGCAUCCAGCUGUAGAUGGUUUGUGCGGACUCAGCCAGCUGCAGACAGUUUAAUGCAGACUUAUAACCAGCGGCAAACUUGCACCCACAUGCAGACAGUUUGAUUCAAACUUGCAGACAGUCUGGUGCAGACUUACAGCCACCUACAAACACUUUGGUGCAGACUAGCAUUCAGCUGCAGACAGUGUGGAGCAGACUAGCAGUCAGCUGCAGACAGUGUGGUGCAGACUAGCAGUCAGCUGCAGACAGUGUGGUGCAGACUAGCAGUCAGCUGCAGACAGUGUGGUGCAGACUAGCAGUCCGCUGCAGACAGUGUGGAGCAGACUAGCAGUCAGCUGCAGACAGUGUGGUGCAGACUAGCAGUCAGCUGCAGACAGUGUGGUGCAGACUAGCAGUCAGCUGCAGACAGUGUGGUGCAGACUAGCAGUCAGCUGCAGACAGUGUGGUGCAGACUAGCAGUCAGCUGCAGACAGUGUGGUGCAGACUAGCAGUCAGCUGCAGACAGUGUGGUGCAGACUAGCAGUCAGCUGCAGACAGUGUGGUGCAGACUAGCAGUCAGCUGCAGACAGUGUGGUGCAGACUAGCAGUCAGCUGCAGACAGUGUGGUGCAGACUAGCAGUCAGCUGCAGACAGUGUGGUGCAGACUAGCAGUCAGCUGCAGACAGUGUGGUGCAGCUGGGUAUGAGUCUGCACCACACUGUCUGCAGGUGGCUGUGAGUCUACAUCAAACUGUCUUCACCAAACUCACAUCCAGCUACAGACAGUUUGAUGCAGACUCGCAGACAGUUUGAUGAAGACUUACUGCUAGCAGCAGACAGUUUGACGAAGACUCAUAACCAGCAGCAAACUUGCAGCCACCUGCAGACAGUUUGGUGUAGACUCACAGCCAGCUGCAGACAGUUUGGUGCAGACAGUUGGGUGCAGACUUGCAGCCAGCGGCAAACAGUUUUGUACAGGCUUGCAAACAGCUGCAGACAGUUUGGUACAGGUUCACAGCCAGCUGCAGACAGUUUAGUGCAGGCUCACAACCAGCUGCAGUUUGGUGCACAGACUGACAGCCAAGACAAAAAGGUUUGGAAAAGUGUUGAGUUCGAGGUAUCCACAUAGGAAGCAUCGUCGGGGCAAACAGGGCUCACAGAUCUAUGUUUACCAAAAUAUUGCCCUCAAGGAUCGAUUGGCAUUCUCCUCUCCAUGUAAAGCUAUGGCACCUUUUCUUGAAUUCCCCGACCCACCAAAAGCUGGCUUGUGUCAAAGUUUCAGCAAUGGUCCAACAAACAGUUUUUUUCCUGUAUAUUGUAAUAAACAAGACCAUAUUCUUGUACCACCAAUGACAAUAGGGAAUCAAAAUGUUAGAGCCAUAUCACUGCCUAUCCCUGAAAGUGCCAGUGCAUCAGCUCUCACUGUAAAAGAACCAGAGACUACCACUACUCAGCUUGUUGAAUUUUCACCCAUUUCUCAUAAAAGGAAAUCUGAAAAAGACAGUGGCCAGAUGUCUGAUGUGCAAAAGAAAACUAAGCUUGAAGAUGAAGGAAAAACUUUGUCUAAAACUGAUCUUAAAGAUGAUUCUAAGCUCCUCCUGAAAGAAGAAAUGAAAGAAGAGAUAGAAGUAGAAGAGAACCUUGUGGUAUUUAGCCACUUCCUGACACGUUCACCCUCCCCUCAGUUAAUACAAUUAAGUGAGAAACAAGAUGGGAGUGAUGUUAUAUCCAAGCAAGAUUCAGAAGUUUCACCUAACAAAUGCUCUCCAUCCAAACGUGUCAGACAAAUCUCUCGCAUCAACCAGAAGAUGGCAUUGGCUCGCCAGUGGGUUGAUGCAAACCUAGUGGACAAGAAAGGAGUCAUGACUACAGCCAGUGCGAUUGCUGAAGCAUAUGCUCGUGACCAUCCAAAUGACCCGUUACCUCAGACUAGUUUGACUGUUGUGAUUAGAGGAAAAUUUCCCACAAGAAGGAAGCGGUUUGUGGAGGACAACAUACAUGGCUACUAUUACCGAAACUUGGAAUUGGUAGGACACAACUUGCCUUCACAUGCGCUUCCUGAGACAUCUACUCCACAGAAGAUGCCAAGCACAUUUUCUGAGACGUCAACUCUGAAACAAUUUCCCUUAAAUAUUCAAGUUAACACAGGUGAUAACCCAUCUGAAAAUACAAGUACUAACACAACAGAAAAUGAAAUUAGAUUAUGUGAGAUGGAAAAACUAGAAGAGACUAACCAGGAUGUGCAGGGUAUCAUCACUGAUGGAGAGCAUAUUAUCAUGCCAAAGAACAGGGUAAAAGCUAUAUGUACAGAUGCAGAAGGUGAAUCUUUUUCUAACCUUGCUGAAAAGGAAGAAAAUGUAAAUACUGAUAAGAUAAGCAAUGAGAACAGUAAUGCCACCAAGGUAAAAAACUCCAAAGAUAUGCCAAUGAUCGUAAAGGAUAAUGAUCUUGGGUUGCCAGUGGCAGUUUUUAAUCCUCCAUCAGAAAGUGUCUUUGAUUAUCAAGGUGUUCCAUGUGUGAUGAUUCCAGUAAAUGAUAUAUCCAGCAUUACUUCAAAUGUUGAAAAUGCAAAACUGUUAUCUACAAAUCCUAACACAGUGGUAUCUCCUUUAACAAAACUGUUCUCUCAGAAAGUUAUUACAGAUUCAGAUAGUACAAAGAUUUUUUCAUCAAUACUACCUCGUCAAAAUCCUGCUCAAACACAACAAACCUCAUUUGUUAAAUGCAGUGAUCUAGAAAACAGCACAUUAAACAAAGGAUAUGUGUCUCAACAAGCCUUCCAGAGUAAGAUACAUAUAAAAUCAGUAUGUAGCAUAAAUGAUAUGGCUCAGUCUGAAUCUGUUGAUACAGAUGAUAGACCAGAUUCAUUGAAAUAUUUAGAAAAAUACAAAAAUCCUAAAUCUUUACCAAGCCGCAUUGAGAUAAAAAAUCCAAGUUCACCAGCAAAUUUUAAUGAGAAAGAAAACUUAGAAGGAUAUGCACGUUCCAUGGAUGAGAUUAUACCAAAUAUUAAGAUUGAACCAAAUGAGAAAAGUGAUGAGACCUCAGAAAUUGGCAGUGCUGAAGCAAUUCCUCCAUCACCUAAGCAACACUUGCCAGAUAUGGGUGUACUUGACUACUUCAGGAGUGAAAUGGCUGAAGAUUAUAAAUGUUCAGUUGUAGAUAUGAAUAGAACUUCAAGACAACAGGUACUCACUGAAGUAUGCAUUAGUUCUGGAGAUGAAUUGGAAAUAAUUCAGAAAGAGAAUGAAGCUCUUAAACAUGCACCAAAAUUAACCAAUGUGGAAACUAAUUAUAAUAUAUCAGAUGACAAAGAAGUAACAAUGUGUGAAGUGAAAAUAGAUGCAGAUGAGCAUCAUUUAGAUAGUGCUGUUAGGAGUAUAAAGAAUGUAGAAACUUUAAAAAAAACUCAUACUUCCAAAGUAAGUGUGGACAAUUCUAAGGAGAAUAUACAGACAGAAACCGAAGCCGAGCCUGUCAGGCCAAACCAAAAGCGUAGUAAAAUAGGUAAUACAACUAUACCACCUAUGAAAAAAAUAAAAAGUUGGGAUGAAGAUAUCAGAAGUUUUAUAGCAAAUAGUAGUGAUACUAGUAUAUUUGAAUCUAGGGUUUUGAAACCAAAGCAAAAAACAAAGAAGAUGAAUAGCAGGAGAAAAAAAUUGAAGGAUUCCUUGGUUAGAAGCAGGUCAGGACACUUAAAAUCAACCACCAAGUCACAAGUAGGAAAAAGUGAAUCAGUCUUAAGGAAUGAUGAGGAAGAGGAAUCAUUAUCAGAUGGAGCUCUUGGAAAUAUCAGUGAAUGUUUGCCAAUUGCUGAUAAGCAGAUGGCAAUUAAAGUGAAAAAGGCAGUCUUAAAUGUAGCAUUUGAUUUGAUAUCAGAAACAGAAGGAUCAUUAACUGAAUUUCAAAGAGCUAAGAAGUUGGAGGCAGCUAUAUUCAAGGACAAUCCUGCAGUGCAAUACAAUAAUCAAGCUGUCAGAACUCACAUUAAGACUAAGAAUUUGGACACCUAUUGUUGCACUUCUUCACAUAGGCUUGAAGAUAUUAAGGUGUGUUCUUUAGAGCACAUAACAUCAUUGUUAUUGCACCACCAGGCGUGUCCUGGCCUUGGGUGUCAGAAAUGCCACACCCUUCGAGCUGCAUAUGUGCACAUCACACUGUUUCGUCAUCGAUGUCCUGUGUGGCAAUCAUUUAUUAAAAUUGUAAGCAGACAUUCCCGGAUUUGUUGGAGAGUCAGUUGUUCAAUAAUCUUUUGUCAGUUCAUGAAGCAUGAGCUGCAUUUAUCAGGCAUGUCUGUUUUGCAAAAUCAUCUCUUGGAACAGAGGAUGAUUUUAGAGGCUGAGUUUUCAGAGUGUGACAAGUCAGGACCCCACAGUGCUGACUUGCAUUGCAGCCACCAUGAGGCCACAAGAGUACCAGUGCCAGGGUUGGUUGAAGUACGAAACCAGCAGCAAAACCUCGCUGUAGAAGCUCGUGGUUUGAAGCUCAUGUCUAACUUGCUAUCAACAAAUAAUUCCAAAACUGAAGAUAUUGUGACCCCUAUAUUAAAGACUUUUAAAAUUGCUACCUCUAUCUACUACCACUCUGUAAAGAAAAAAAAGUAAGAUACAGGUAUUAAAUUCUCCCAAUAUGUUCUUACCCUUAAAAGUUUGGUUAUCAUCUUACAUUGAUCUUUUGGGUAAGGCAGUAUCACGUGUUGAUCCUUGUUAUCACCAUCUGCUUUUUAUACAAAUGUAAAUAUGGUUAUACAUCAACUGUAAUGGAGUUAACUUUGACUCUUGAAAAAUAUCUGCUUUUAAAAAUCUGCUCAUAUUUUUAAUUACUUACUACAGAUGAGGUUAUAUAAUACUAGCAAGACAAUUAUUGUUGAAUUACAAUUUGGCAUUGCCUUCCAGUGAUUGAAUCUAUUUCUGGACAACAUUACCAGGCAGAAUGGCAGUAAAGGAGUGGGAUGCAAAACACACUUUAAGCUGUGACAAGAAGAUUUACAUGCAAUAUAGGUACAGUAAUUACAUUUUAGGCAUAUACAGCACUCAUUUUUUGUCAUUUGUGUAAAUACAGUAGUUACUCCACACAUUGUGUAAACUAAUGUGAAACAGCAAAUGUAUAAACCCUCUAAAAUGAUCACCACAACAGGCUCCUGAUUUUUUCUUUCCUGCAUAUGUUUAAUUUUAUGAGAAAAUUAUUAUUAUAUUAAAUUUAAAUUUUUUGUGUACAGGCAGAUAGAUACCUUUGAUCAUAGCCGCACUUAAGGGGUUAAGAUAAAAAUAUUAUUUACAGUAGAAUUAGAUCAUAUUAUCUUAAUGAUGAGCAAUAAAUUGAUUGUAUUAGGACAA